AUGAAGUUUGUAUUCUUCGUACUUUCGCCGUCAUUCUUCAUUUUUUCAUUCAUCUGCAACUUGCUAGUACUAUCAUCUAUUAUACGCCGGCAGUCCAAAGCGGCUCGCAAGCAAAUUGGUAGAAGCUUGAAUCCACGCCAAUUACAACAGCAGAAAGGAAUCGUUUAUACAUAUAUUUUGCAAGCAUUUAUGCCACUUGUCUUAGCUACGCCAUAUUAUAUCGCAAAUGUAUUCUUUAUGUUUUCCAUCGAUCUUGAUAUGAUUUGGUUUAUUGUUGGUGAAGCGAUAAUUGGUAUUCAUCCAUUAUCUAAUGCUUUGAUCAAUUUAUUCUUGCUUCGACCAUAUAGACAAGCACUCAGGAAGAUGUGGCUCAAGAAGAAUGAAGCGAAAAUUGCACAGUAUGAAUCAAUUACUAUAGCUAAUACACAGUUUAUGGAUGGCGAUUGUCUUUUGUGA